UGUCAUUUUUUAUUACAUGAAAGAUAAUUGGUAAUUUUGUGUGCUCCAGUAUCCUAGCCAUGCAGGAGCCACUCGACCUGGUAACAUUCUUUUUUCAUGUAAAUCGGGAGCGUAAUCGGUGGUUGAUGGGGCUGUCUAAUUUAAGAGGCUGUUGUCACCAAUCUGUGUGCAAGGCAGAUACAGGGAAGAGCAUAGGAGAAAUUUCUACAGUAAACAAUAGAGCCAGUUCCAGUCAUACGAGAUUGGAAAGGAAAGGAAAGCCACGGAUGGAUUCAUUGCCCAUAGGUCUCGAUGAAUUUGAAACCCUAAAAUCGCCUCGGCUAUGGGGAUUGGAGAGUGGGAUUUUAUUCAUCUCUUCCGAUUCCAAUAAAAGCCUCGCUUUUCUUCCGCUUAGAUUUCUGAACCAGAAUUAAAAGGAGGAAAAAGACUACUGAUUAAAUCAAAUUGUAUCAGUUUUGAUUUGUUUUUCGAUCCCCAGUUGAGGAUUUUUUCUUCUUCUUCUUCUGUUUCUCUUUAGACCAAGUUGAAAUUAGGGUAUUUAUGUGCUCUAACAGAGAGUAUUUUACUGUUUCUAAUUCACUCUUCUGGCUUCUUCUAUUUUUCUUUUAAUAGAGAUCUCAGUUGGUAUAUCAAGAUUCUAUAUCGCUCUUAUUCGAUAUUCCAAUUAUGGAUUUUGAUUACCUUUCUUACUUUAUAUAAACAAAUAUUGGAAUUCUGCUUGCGUAAACUCUUUCGUGUAUUUCCAAGUAAAGAUUUUAAUAUUUCCUUUCUUAUUGUAAACUUGUAAGCCACCUCAAGGUUCGUUGUUAUUUAUUUAUUUAUUUAUUUUCAGAAUAGGAAAUAACCAACUGAGAUCUCUGGUUACUCUUCUGAUAUUUGUAAAAAGUGAAGAAAAAAAAUCAAGAUAUAUCUCAGCGGGAUCUGAAUUUCAUAAGAACCGAAUUGGGUUAUAGUGAGGUUAGUCUAUUGAUUUAUUAGUUUGAAGACCCAAGCCAAGAUCUUGGGUGCUUUCUUCACAAGAGCUGUGAGAACUCCGGAGAUGUCUGGGGCACAGGAUAAACUGGAGAUCAAGUUCCGGUUGACGGACGGGUCAGAUAUUGGUCCCAAGAGUUUCCCUGCUGCCACCAGUAUUGCCAUCCUCAAGGAAACUGUCAUUGCUCAGUGGCCAAAAGAGAAAGAGAAUGGUCCAAAGACAGUGAAAGAUGUGAAGAUUAUAAGUGCUGGAAGGAUUUUGGAGAACAACAGGACACUAGGAGAGUGCAGGAGCCCCUUAUGUGAUGUUCCUGAGGGAGUUACAACCAUGCAUGUUGUUGUCCAACCCCCUUCCUCAGAGAAAGGUACAGAAAAGAAAUUGGACCAAUUGAAGCAGAACAAGUGUGUGUGUGCUAUUCUAUAGUUUGCACUUUCGAGUUGAAAGAGUAUUGAAUCUCGCGAAAGAAUAGAAGUUUGUGAACUCGAGUUUGGCAGCUGUGUGAAUACAUAUCUGACACCUGGUCCCGGAUCAAAUUCACAAACAGAUCUAUCACUUCUUGAAAUAUUGCAUUUUGUGUGCAAUUUGCAAUAUUUAUCAAUUAAAAUUCUAUGGGGCAUCUAUCCUUGUAUUGACAUCGUGGGAAUCUGUCAACUUAUGUUCUAAAUCAAUUUCUUUUGCUUGCAAAACCUGCUUUCAUAAAAGAUCUGACAAGAAAGGCAUGGGGAAUUUUACACAAGUGGUAUAUACUCCAUUGGCAGUUCUAUUGAGGUGAAGAUGUAAUGAAACAUGAAAGGCUAGCAGUACAGAUGAAUGACAAAACUGUAAAGUAAUUUGUUCAAA